UCUGUGGCGCCCAAACAGUCGGCUCUCAGUCAGCUUCAACCUCCAUUGUGGACAUAUACACUUAUCUAGGUCGUAAACAAAAUCACGUGUGUGGUGUUUAAUGUGUCACCCACAUCUGCAGUUUUUUACCCCAUCUAGUGGUUUUUAGUCCUUGUCGGUCUCGCCAUGAACGACGACGAUGGUUUGAUGUCAAGUUUUCAUUCAGAUCAACUCCAUGCUAAUGUAGCGUCUGUUCCUGAUGGACUUUGCUGGGUGUCAGUUCUUUCCUGUUUAUUGCUUGCGUGCUCCUAUGUUGGAAGUCUAUACGUUUGGAAAAGCGAUUUACCAAGGGAUCAUCCUGCGGUGAUAAAACGGCGCUUUACCAGUGUACUGAUUGUGUCCGCUCUGUCUCCAGUGUUUGUGUGGUCAUGGAAAGAGUUCACAGGCAUCCAGCCUGGUCCUUCAUUACUGGCCCUUAUGGGGAUCCGGUUGGAGGGUCUUAUUCCUGCUAUAAUUCUUCCGCUGCUGUUGACCAUGGUGCUGUUUCUGGGCCCUCUGAUCCAGCUAGCCAUGGAUUGCCCCUGGGGCUUCAUCAAUGGGAUGAAAGUUGUAGUCGACCCCUGCUUCUGGACGUUGUGUCUGGGUGACAUGCGCUGGCUGAGGAACCAGGUUGUGGCGCCAUUCACAGAGGAGCUGGUUUUUCGGGCAUGCAUGCUUCCCAUGCUAGUACCCUGCGCCGGCCCCUCAACGGCAAUCUUCACAUGCCCGCUCUUCUUUGGAGUUGCUCAUUUUCAUCAUGUAAUCGAGCUCCUGCGGUUCAGACAGGGCACUGUCUCAGGGAUUUUCCUCUCUGCAGUGUUCCAGUUCUCCUACACUGCAGUAUUUGGAGCUUAUACAGCCUUUAUAUUCAUCAGGACAGGUCAUUUGGUGGGUCCUGUGCUGUGCCAUUCCUUCUGUAACUACAUGGGUUUUCCAGCUCUCAGCACAGCCCUGGACCACCCGCACCGCCACACCAUUCUCUUCUUCUACGUGCUGGGGGUCGUUCUCUUCUUCCUCCUCAUCUUCCCCAUGACUGAUCCACUCUUCUACGGUUUGCCCACACCCGUCUGCACCCUGACCUCCACGCCUGGAUCCAUCUGCUCCUGAUCCAUCCACACCACCAUCCCUCAUUUCAUCCAUUCCUCUUCUCCAGCCAUUUGAAAAGGAGUGGCUGUUUUGCUGCUGGUUUCACCAGGAGAGCGAGGGACUGCUGGAGAACAGGUAUGAAAAUUCACAGCCUCUGUGAGGUGGUGCGUGGAAGAACUCGGUGGAUGCAAAACAUCCUCAGAUUGCACCGACCAUUCUUUUCACCGUUCAGCCAAUGUUGUGUUAUCAAGUGACUUAUCUCAUCUAAGAGCCAGGCCUAUGUUGGCCAGACAAGUUGGAUUAUAUGCAUCAACAUGUUUAUUCAGUGUGUUUAUCUUGAGAUUGGUGCUGGGGAUAAAGUCAGACGCUAUUACGGGUUUCCUAGAAAGAUUUGUAUGCUGAAAUCUUCAUUGCUCAAAUGCUAGAUUCCCUAUUUUUUGUUGUGAUAUUAUAAUCUUUCUCAAAAAACAACGUACCUUGUUCGAUCUGGUGCCCUUACUUGAAGACAACGUUCGUUUUUACAGAUACUUACUUAUUUUGUUUCACUAUUGAUCUUAUUGUUUAAAAAUCACAUCACAAAUUAAUAGGCUUAAAUUUAAAUUUAUGUCGUUAGGUAUGCUUUUGGAGCUAAAGACCUAGACCUAUUAGAGUAACACAAUUUAGUGAGUAUGUAUGAGAAGUUUGACUGCCCUGAGAACAGCUUUUUGUGUAGGUCUUUUUAAAGCAUUGAUCAACCCUGCCUUGGCCAUUUGUCAAUUAAUAAAAAGAAAAUACAGUCUAUAUUUUAUAGUGGAUAUUCAGUGAUAGGUAUUUCAAAGCAGAGCUGAAAUUUUAUUUUAUUUUUAUUUUUUUUACAUCAGCAUAGGAAUGAAUUUUCUUUUUAAUUUAGUAUGGUAAAAAUGGAGGAUAUUGAGGUAAAUUGUACGCUUCUGCUUAAGUAAUGGUGGAAAUUCCAACACUUUCUUUUUAUGACUACUAUCUUUUAGUCAUAAACCACCUGCAACAACAUUGAAACUACCUAUAUCAGAGAAUUACACUUCGACUGAUAAUGUUUUACAUGGUAAAUCUAAAAGUUAAGCUUUUUUAUAAAGCUUUUAUAUAUAAAAAUGGCGUAAUCAAGUUUUAUGCGGGAUCCUUCACCAUGGAGUGUUAGUGAAAACUCGUACCACUUAUCUGCAUGCUGCUACACCGGUGACAUAUGGAUGUUCUAAUGAUGAUCGACAUAGAAACACACUAAAUACAACUUUCAUAACUGCUUCUAGAAAUAGUUCACCCAAAAUUGAAAUCUCUGCCAUCUGUACUCACCCUCAUGCCAUUUCUUCUGAAAACAACAAAAGGAGAUAUUAAGCAGAAUGCUCAUGCUGCUCUUUUCCAGAAAAUAAGUGAAUGGUGAACAGAGGCUAAAUUCUAAAAAAUUCUUUCCCUAAAUUUGUGUGAUUUGAAUAUACAGAUAUUUUUUUCGAUUUAGCUAAUCAGGACAUUUGCAUAACUUCUUUUCGUGUUCCUUAAAAAAAUAAAGAAAAAAAGUGAGUAAUCUAUUCUUCAUUUUUGUGUGAACUAUACCUUUAAGUAUGCAAAUGUGGCUUGCUACCCAGUAUAGAGGCUGCUUGGUGCAGAACAUUUCUUGUUAUGUAGUUGUAUGUGGUUUCAGUUGUCAUCAAUUGUGAAAGCAGAGUAUAUAGAGAUAGUGUAUAUAUAGAACUCUUAUCUACUUUAUUGCUUGUAAUUUGUUGAUUUAAUAUAUUGGCAUGGUUUGCCAUCACAUUCAUUAAGUGUGUAUCAUAAAGUCAUUUGUAGGCUUUUCUGUGUUGUGAGAGACCAUGCAAAGUAAACCUCUUAAGCAAUAUUCUCACAAACAGGAUCAAAUCAGGGAUUUCCAUCUAGUGCCACGUAAGAAGUUUGUUUGGGGUUUUUCUUUCAUUCAUUCCCAAAAAACCUUCUUAUUUGGCUCGCUACAAAGAAAACCGUGAUAUCACUUGAACAGCCAAAGUUAAGGUACCACUUCAUUGAUCUGGUUUACUAGUCUCUAACGCUGAAAUAAGUGUGUUUGAAGUGUGCCACAGUGUGUAUGACUGUAUCGACAUGUUUACACGAGGAGGAUGCUGUAUGUAAGCACUGCUGAACUGUGAUUAGCUACACAGAAUGCUGCUUUAGUUUAGCUGCUUUGUGGUUGUGGUCAACAGAGGGCGCAAGAGGACCAUUGUUGUGUGCGUCUCAUUUUGUUGUUGUUUUCAUGAAUUUAAAGCAGACACCUUCCUUAGUGUUUAUUAAGAAACUGUAUCUGUAUUGCUUUGCAUAUUUAAUCCCGUGAUGCGAUAAUGUAAUUGAACUAUGAUUCAAUUAAUCCUUGAUACGCGAAGUUGAACUUUUUCCGCAUCUGUGGAAAUUCACUCAUUCUUCUAGAUUUGUUUGAUAAUCGAGGAGAGAUGCAGCUCUGUCAUCUUCGUGUUCAAACCGCACAAUGGGAUUUUCAGAUUGAAUGCCAUGUUGAAUUGUGAUUUAUUUAGGGAAAGCUGAAUGGAGGACAGGACAGGCGCUGUGAUUGAUGACUGGUGUAACUUCUAAAAGGAGACUGAUUUUAAGUGAAUGUGUCAGGAGCUUGUUAGUUGUCUCUCGCUGUAGUCUAACAGUCUUAUCCUCACCUCCUUAAUUUGUAAAGUUACUGCAUUCUGCAUUUAUUUUCCAGGGUUUUUUUCUCCAUUAGAAGCUUCUUUCAUCCUGUUUCAGUUCACAGAAUUCUUUCUUUAAUCUGGUCGGUUGCAAGCAAAACAUUUGCCGCAGGCGCAGACUUGCAUUUUAGAUGAUUUGAACAUCAUAUUUACAGUAAGGAGAAGCAAUAGACGUUUAAAACUAUUUUGCAAAUGUGAAAAAUAGCUGAGCGAUGUCUUGGCUCAUUGAAACAUCACCUGAAGAAAUGUCAAGUCUUUGAGAAUCUCUACACAUACACAGAUGAAUUGAAUGGACUGGUUGGUGAUUACAAACGAGCCUGAUGUUUAUACUGAGAGCUAUAUUUUAUAAUCAAAUCUAUUUUGGUGACUGGGAGAAUAAAGUGCAUGCUAGUUGUUUUUGACUACCGUGCAAUGCAAUUUACUGUAAUUCACUGAUGGACAAAUGUUUUAUGACAAUCUUUCUGGCGGUCUUUCAAUCCACUCUGCAAAACUCUGCCGUUUGUAAAUAAAUUAAAGAUUUUUUUUAAACACC